AAAUUAGAGAAGACGUCAUUUAUUCGGUGAAGUCGAGUUGUGAUCGGGAGAAAUCUUCAUGAUGACCCAGGACAGAUGGAGAAGAAAGAGAAAAGUGAAUGACUCUGAUCAGAGAAGACGCCCCCGUGAAAAGUCAUUACAGAGCAGGAGAAGAUUUAGAAGUAACUCUAUACAUUCCUGGUACCUGCAUGGGCUGUGGGCCGUACCUAAGGCUUCGUGGCUAUCAUGUCAUCUACUUACCUGCUACCUGUGAAAGGAAAAUGCAGCUCAGCUUUUAAUUGUGGCUGAUCUUGCUCAUGGUGAAUCAUGGUGAACUUGCUUUUGUACCAGAAACUAAUGCAAUACUCUUUACUGGCACAUAAUGUUUAUCAAGUGUUGCCAGAUCUUAGUCUCUUUGACUGGCACAAAUAAAGACCUGCCCCUGGGGUGUAUCUCUAUAUACUCACUGCCACCCGUACCUAUAAAUACCAAUGUAAAUGAGGCACUUCUACAGCAGAACUAGGAAGGUGUCUCACAAUGAAAUUUCUAGUUAUUUGUGCUGUGUUUUUACUAUCAAGUGUAUUGGCAGAUACAGAUUCUGAUUCCAGCCAAGAUGAAGAUAUUACAGUAGAGGAUGAAGUUAUUCUGAAUUAUGUCAAAGAAGCCAAGAAGCUGGUGGACACAGCAUAUUUAUAUACUAGAACAAAUUUGAAGACACGACUGAAAACGAAAACACCAAGAAUUCAAGAUAUGAUGGCUUUUACCAAGCAACCUGUAGGAAAAAGUAGAAAUUUCAUCCGAUCAGCAGAUUACUUUGAUUUGACUCUCCAGCUCGUAAAUGAGAGGCUGAAAAAGAUGCAUCCAGGACCCUUCAAUGUCUCAGAUGUACUAACAGCUAAACAAAAAGCUGUUCUUUCUCAGCUAAGUGGAUGUGCCUAUCAGCACCUGCCAAAAGAGUGUGACUCUUCACCCUACCGGACCAUCACAGGAGAGUGUAAUAACAGAAAGAAUCCUAUUCUUGGUGCAUCUAACACUGGUUUCAAACGUCUUCUCAAGCCAGAUUAUGAGGAUGGUGCAACACUGCCACGAGGCUGGACUAAAGACCGUCCCAUCAAUGGGUUUACUCUACCAUUGGCUCGGAAAGUGUCAAAUGAAAUUGUGAAGUUCCCUACCGAGUCACUCGUCUUGGAUGAAGAUAGAUCACUCAUGUUCAUGCAAUGGGGUCAGUGGAUUGAUCACGAUACCAGCCUCACUCCUGACGUCCCUUCAAGAACAACAUUCUUUGAAGGUGUUGAUUGUGAAAAGAGCUGUGUGCAGGCACACCCAUGUUUCCCAUUAAUGAUUCCAUUAAAUGAUUCUCGAUAUGUUAAUGGCUCUGAGUGUAUCCCAAUGUUUCGCCACGCACCUAUGUGCAGUUCGGUAUCUCCAGUUCGUGAACAGAUAAACGUUGUGACCGCAUAUACUGAUGGAAGCCAGGUGUAUGGUAGUGACAUCAAACUAGCCACUGCACUUCGUAACAACACAAACCAACUUGGCUUAUUAACCGUAAAUGAGCAGUUCACGGACAAUGGUUUCCCAUUCCUGCCUUUCAGUGGAGAUCCUGAGGACAUUUGUACAAAGAUAAAUCAGUCAGUAGCACUUCAAUGUUUUCUAUCAGGGGAUGUGCGAGGUAGUGAACAACCUGGGCUGACAGCGUUCCAUACUCUCUUCAUGCGAGAACACAACCGUAUCGCUACAGAGCUGCAUAAGCUAAACCCAAAAUGGAAUGGAGAAAAACUAUACCAAGAAGCCCGCAAAAUAAUAGGAAGCAUUAUACAGAAAAUAAUGCACAAAGAUUGGCUGCCACUUCUGUUGGGUAGUGAGAUGUCUAAAGUUCUUCCUAACUAUCAAUCUUACAAUGAAGAUGAAGACCCAGCAGUGUCAAAUGCCUUCACCAUCGCCUUCAGAAUGGGUCAUACCCUAAUCCAACCAUUUAUAUACAGAUUGGCAGAAGGUUACAUUCCCUAUGAGCCAGAGCCAGCAGUCCCAAUCCAUCAGACUUUCUUUGCUUCAUGGAUAGUAGCGAAAGAAGGUGGGGUUGAUCCUAUAUUCCGUGGUAUGAUAGCCAAUAAAGCCAAAGUAAUUGGCCAGAAUCAGAUAAUGGUUGAAGAACUGAGAGAUCGUCUCUUUAAGCUGGUCAUUCCUAUUGGUCUUGAUUUAGCUGCUAUUAAUAUACAGAGAGGUCGAGAACAUGGAUUAGCAGGAUACAAUGCAUGGAGACGAUUCUGCAAUCUUUCUGCACCACAAAAUGUAGAUGAAUUGGCCAUCGUAAUGAAAAAUAGAGAAUUUGCUGAAAAGCUAAUGGAACUGUAUGGGACACCUGAAAACAUUGAUCUCUGGGUUGGAGGAGUCUCUGAGCCUUCGGUUCCUGGAGGAAGGAUUGGAGAGCUGUUAUCUUGUAUAAUUGGAGACCAGUUCCGUAGAUCUAGAGACGGAGAUCGGUUUCACUAUGAAAAUCCUUCAGUAUUCAGUCUGGAACAAAAAACAUCAAUAGAGAACGUAACUAUGGCACAUAUCUUAUGUGCUAAUACCAACAUAAAACAAGUCCCUGAAAAUGUCUUUCUAGGCAACAGUUACCCUAAAGAUUUUCUUAACUGCACUGAUAUGCCAAAAAUGGACCUGAAACCAUGGAAAGCUAAAAACACAGAUAAUGUUAAAGAGUAAGAAGAGUAAAUGGAGGAUUUGCUGCCUUUCAAGUUGCCUGUGAAUUUUAUAUAAGACUGUUAAUUUUUUUACAGUUUGUACUUUUUCAUUGUUGCUGUUAAGUCUUGUUAUUCGUUGCUAUUUCUUGGCAAAUCAAAAACACAUCCUUUUCCCAACAUAUUUCUACAGUAAAGCCAUCUGGCUAACAUAGCUACAGUAUAUAUAAUAAGUAUAUAUAAUCAAUGUACUUUAUAUCACAACAAUAUACCGUAUAUACUCGAAUAUAAGCCGACCCGAAUAUAAGCCGAGGCCCCUAAUUUCACCCCAAAAACCCAGGAAAAGUUAUUGACUCGACUAUAAGCCUAGGGUGGGAAAUACAUCAUCCCCCCUGUCAUCAUCCAGGCCCCCUGUCAUUAACACCCUCAUCAUCAUCACCCUGUCAUGAUCCCCCCUUCAUCAUCAUCAUCACCUGUCAUCAUCCCCCCCUUCAUCAUUACCCUGUCGUCAUCCCCCUUCAUCAUCCCCCCCUUCAUCAUUACCCUGUCAUCAUCCCCCCUUCAUCAUCCCUCCCUUCAUCAUUACCCUGUCAUCAUUACCCUG